AAGAAAUUCAGACGUAAGCAGCUACCUCUGCGUGUGUCUUAACGAGCAUUAAACGUAACGUUUAUUGUAGUUUUUCCAAAUAAAGAUAGCAAUGAGCAGGGAUUCAUGAAAUGGUCAGUGAGGACUAAUUAAUGACUGACGCGUGAUGAACUCUUAAUUGCUCCUGUGGAUUUAUAACCCUCGCGUUAAUACUGCACGAUCCUCACAGGUUAUCUUUCUGUCAGAGCGGUACACAAAUACUGUUGCUUGAUAUGAUUUCAAAUAACUUUCUAGUUUGAUCAGCAGUGGGAACAGGAACGCGAACUGCUAAUAAAGGUCGCCUAAAUGACUGCAAUAUUUAAAUAAAUAAAUAAAUAAAAACACGUACGGUACAAAUAUGGUGGAGUUUUUGCUGCAUAAAAAGGCCAUAAAAAUGCAUAAACAUGUGGAUUAUUAUUUAUUUUAUUCAGGUUGACAGGUUUGCACGUUACAGUAGGACAUUAUUUCUAUGUUGUGUAUUUUCCAGCCGUCUCUCUCUCGAACAUCGUCCAGUAUCCUGCGGUAGUGAAGGCGGUUCGUGGUGAGACGGUCUCCAUGACGUGUAAUACAGUGGAAAUCUUGUCCAGAUGUGAUUUAGUCUACUGGUAUAAAGUGCAGCCGAGAACCAGAGAGAUGAUCCUGGCCACCGCUGUUCACACUGAUCCGAGUCUGAAACUGUGUAGAGGAUUCAUCUACAACACCAGCGUGGCUGAUUCGGGCAUUUACUACUGCUCUGUAAAACACAGUGUUAUCUACUACACGGGCAACGGCACCACCGUCAUCGUCACAGAGCCUCGUACCGGUCCCGUCGUGACGCUCUACGUCCCGGACGUGAGUGUCGGACCCUCCGUCUCUCUGCAGUGCGUGGUGAUGGGGGUCGUCCCGUCUGAAGCCAUCAUUUCCUGGGUUGUAGGGGACUCAGAGACGACCGGGUGGACGGAAUCGGGCUGGACCCACGCCAACGCCUCAGCUGUAGAAUACACACGCGCUCAUAUCAGCAUUCCCUCAGAGACCUGGCUGGAGGCUCCGAAUGUGGAGUGCGUGGUCGAGGUGGACGGCAGGCGCGUCUCGAAAUCUUUUAAAAAAGCCUCCAGUCAGGUGUGUCCGUGGUUGCUGUAUUUGGGCUCCGGUGUGGUCUUGGCCUUCAUUACCGUGAUCUUCGUUAAGAUAAUGCUUUAUUAAUCGCCAGACGGAGAAAGUAGGGUGUCACAGCAGCAGCAAGACAGGAAGUGUAAUAUACAAGGCUGGAACUGAUCUGCAUCGGAGAACAUGGACGCACCGCAUUAAACCAGAAUUCCUAAUGUUCCUAAAGUUGUUUUUUUUUUUUAAAUGUAAUUACAAGCUUAACAAAAUAAAAUAAAAUGAUUAACACAUGGGUGUGUGAGUGUGUAUGUGAUUGUGCCCUGCGAUGGACUGGCACCCUGUCCAGGGUGUACCCCGCCUUGUGCCCCAUGCUCCCUGGGAUAGUCUCCAGGUUCCCCCGCGACCCUGAAAAGGAGUAAGCGGUAGAAGACGGAUGGAUGGAUGGAUUAACACAUGAAACAUGAGCUUUGUCUAACAUGCCUGAUAGUUAGAUUAUAAAAUAUUACAAUGCAUUAGUAGUGUUUAUAACACUACCUCCACAGCGACACUACUUCCACCGCUGCACUGUAAAACCGGAUAAG